AUGUAUAAUGGGAUAGGCUUACCAACUCCUCGAGGCAGUGGGACGAAUGGAUAUGUUCAGAAAAAUUUGGCCUUCAUUAGUAAUUUCAAAGAACAAAACCCUUACAAAACAGAGGAAGACAUCAAGAGAGCAGAUGCUCUGCUGUUCAAGGAACCAAAUAAAGAAAUACUAGAGCAUGAACGGAAACGAAAAAUUGAAGUGAAAUGUUUUGAGAUGGAACAGGAAAUGGAGGAACAAGGUUACACGCAGAGCGAAAUCGAAUUUAGGGUCAAUGGGUUUCGAAAAAAGUUGCUGGAUGAGUUAAAGGCCUCCGAAAUAAAAAAGAUUCCCAAUGUGGAGCCAUUCGAAAUCUCUCAGUCUGAACACGGUAAAUUGCUACCAAAAGGGACUCAUGAAAAUGCCGCUGUAAAUAUCCUUAAAAACACAAUUUUCAAAGAAGCCUUGGGAAUCGGAGAACAAUUUCAAGAUGGGAAUUCCGUAGAGUUGGCUGUUCAGCGAAAAAAAGAUGACGCAGAGACGAAGCGUCUAGUCGAGGCGCAAAAGGAGAUGAAGACAUUGGAUAGUUCAGAUGAUGAUGGUGAAGUCAGUAGUGGUAUUAGCAGUCAUUCCAAAGAUAACUUGAAACAACAACAUAAGAAGAAGAAAAAGGAGAAGAAGAAAAAGAAAUCAGUUAAGAAAAGAAAACAUUCACUAUGUGGUGAUGAUGAUAAUAAUGGCGGUAGUAACGAUGUUGGCGAACUUAAUUUCACUUCAAGUUCUAUGACAUAUCAUCACGCAAAUGAUGAACGAAGUCGUCAUAAACAAUAUCAUGAACAGGAACCACAGCAGGAGCACAGAUCAACCAAGCAUAGAUCACAUUCAAAAAAACAUAAAGAUUCUCAUUCAAAAGAACGGAGGCACCACCAUCACCAUUGA